UCUGGCUUUUGUGUGUGCGCUUUGGUUUUCUGUAACGUACGGAUAUGGAGACGGCAGCGAGAGAACACGUAGAAGCUAUACGUAAGAAAAAGUUUUCGAUUGGAGGGGAAGAGAACCCACUGACGGAGGAUCUUCAUCAGGCCGUCAAGAAUCUCUCUGCUGAACUUUAUGCCAAGGAUGUCCAUUUCCUCAUGGAACUCAUUCAGAAUGCGGAAGACAAUAACUACUUCGAAGGUGGGGAUCCAUCGCUUGAGUUCAUCAUAACUUCUCAGGACAUUACGGCCACCGGAGCUCCAGCGACAUUGCUGAUUUUCAACAAUGAAAUUGGUUUCUCUUCCAAAAAUAUAGACUCCAUUUGCAGUGUUGGUCGUUCCACCAAGAAAGGCAACAGGAAACGCGGUUAUAUUGGAGAGAAAGGUAUUGGAUUCAAGAGUGUCUUUCUGGUUACUGCUCGGCCGUAUAUAUUCAGCAAUGGAUAUCAGAUUCGGUUCAACGAAGAGCCUUGCCCAUAUUGCAAUCUUGGGUACAUUGUUCCAGAAUGGGUGGAGGAGAACCCAACUCUUUCCGACAUAUGGCAAAUAUAUGGUUCUGGAAAUACUCUUCCAACGACAACAAUAGUCUUACCUCUGAAGCCGGAUAAGAUCAAAGCCGUGAAGGAGGAGCUCUCUAGCAUUCAUCCUGAAGUUCUGUUGUUCCUCUCGAAGAUAAAGCGGUUUUCAGUCAAGGAACAUAAUAACUAUGCUCAACUCAAUACCAUCAGUGCAAUAGCUAUCACGAGUGAGACUGACUUUGUUACGAAGAAGAGCAUUGAUGCUGAGUCCUACACACUCCAUCUCUCAACCAAUGAAAAGGAGAAUGAAGGUUCCGACAAAGAAUGCAGUUACUACAUGUGGAAGCAGAAGUUUCCUGUUAGGCAAGAAAACAAAGUGGAAAGGAGAAUGGAAGUAGAAGAGUUGGUGAUCACGUUGGCUUUUCCCUUUCAAGAGCGUCUCAACAGAGGGAUGAGCUCACCUGGCGUCUAUGCAUUUCUUCCAACAGAGAUGUUCACUAACUUUCCCUUCAUAAUCCAGGCAGAUUUUCUUCUUGCAUCAUCAAGGGAAACAAUCCUCUUGGACAACAAGUGGAACAAAGGGAUUCUUGAUUGUGUGCCCUAUGCUUUUAUCAAUGCUUUGGUCUCGCUAAUCAGAACAGCAGAAAAUGCUCCAGUAUCUAGUUUGGCUCCCAUGUUUAAGUUCAUUCCUAUCAACAGUUCUUCUUAUAAAGAGUUGAAUAUCGUGAGGGAGUCAAUCAAAGCAAAGCUUGUCGAAGAAAAUAUUGUUCCAAGCGAGUCCUACACAAAGCAGAAAUUUUUUCAUAAACCUCGUGAAGUUUGUAGGCUUAUGCCUGCUUUCUGGAACAUAUUGGAUAAGGCAAAGAAUGAAGGGGUGAGCUUGCUUGAUCUUUCAUCCCAUGGAAAUUAUAUUUUGAGUUCUGCAUUUGAUAGAAAGGAGUAUGAUCACAUAUUGAGUUUCUUAGGAGUGGAACCUGUCAACAACAUCUGGUAUGUGAAGUGCAUCGGGAGUUCUAAUCUUGUUGCAGGAGUGUCAGACGAGACGUAUAUUGAUAUUUUACUAUUUGUUGCUGAUAAUUGGAACUCCAUAUUUCAUAACACCAACAUCAGGAACAUACCACUAAUAAAAUAUGUGGGUCUCUAUGGGGACGUGUCUUUGUGUAGCAUAAAUGAAUGCACACCUGGGAACUGGAUGCGGGUGGUGUUAUCACCACAGAAUCAUAUGGCAUCGUGGCUGAUUGAUUGGAACAGGGAAUUCAGAUGUGUGGGUGGUCAUUUUUUUAUGCCAAAAAGUACGCAAGAAGCUAUCUUCUCCUCUAAGAGGGUGUGGGAAUGGCUUGAAGCUCACGUGAGGAUUAAUGUUCUUAAAGUAUAUGACUAUGCAGUUCGCCUAAAUUAUUAUCUCAAAAACGAUCGGAAGCUUGCUGUUGCAUUUGUUCACUUCUUAUAUCACGCUCUCUCUCAGAAUCAUCUUUCAAAAUCGGAGGUGGCAAAUUUGUGUCUUUCUAUGCCGAUCGCAGAUAACUAUGGCAAUCUAACCACUCAAAGAAAAGGGGUCCUUGUCCCAGCUAAUGGAAGCAAAUGGGUGGGAUUGGUUGGUUCAAAUCCAUGGAGAGGUGAAGGCUAUGUCGAGUUAGGAGAAGACUACUUGCAUCCAGGUCGUUUUGCAGGUGAAUUUACUUCUGGUGAACAGCUUUUAAAUUUCCUAAUAACUUAUGUUGCAGCUUCUGAUAUCCCCUAUAUAUCUCCUCCCAAUGCUGCAAUUCCUGCUGUUUCUGCACCACUUACGAAUGAAAAUGCAUUCUUGCUGUUGGAUUGGAUUCGAAACCUCAAACAGAGACAUGCUUGGAUUCCAGAGAACUUCUUGAAAUGCAUAAAGGAAGGUAGUUGGCUUAAAAUUACUACCAAUGGCUGUUCUGGCUACCGGGCACCAUAUCAGUCAUUCAUGUUUUCCUCUUCGUUGGGAAACAUUUUGCAGAAUGGAUCAAUUCUUGUUGAUAUUCCAUUGAUUGAUCAAAGUUUUUAUGGAGAUAGAAUAAAUGAGGAUGAGGAAGAGCUGAAGACAAUUGGAGUCAUGUUUCAGUAUGGAGAAGCAUGUGAAUUUAUUGGGAAGCAUCUUAUGUCUCUUACAGGUUCCUCUACUUUAACUAGAGGCGUUGUGUUUUCUAUCCUUAAUUUCAUCAGAUUCUUGAAGGAAAAUUCGCUUCCUCUGGACAAAUUCAUCAACAGUAUCAAUGAAAAAAAAUGGCUAAGGACAUCCCGUGGGGAUGGAUGUCCAGUUGAAUCUGCUUUGUCUGAUGACGAAUGGAGAGUUGCAUCUCAAAUUAGUGACAUUCCCUUCAUUGAUAAACAUUAUUAUGGGGAGGAAAUCCUUUCUUUUAAAGAGGAGUUAAGGUCGCUUGGUGUGUUAAUUGGAUUUUGUAAAAGUUACCAUCUCGUUGUAGACAAUUUGAGGCCAUCUUCACGCUUGACUUUGCUUACAGCUGAGGCUGUUCAUUUGAUCCUUGAAUGUAUACGUCAUUCGAGAUCAGCCAACAAGCUCAUCGAGGCAUUGAAAGGUGUGAAAUGCUUCAAGACAAACAUGGGUUACAAUUCUCCAGGAGAAUGUUUCUUGUUUGACUCACAAUGGGGUUGCAUCCUACAGGUUUUCAGAGGUUUCCCAUUGAUUGAUGAAGGUUUUUAUGGAAGCAACAUCUCGUCUUACAGAAACGAGUUGAAGAAAACAGGGGUGAAGGUGGAUUUUGAGGAUGCGGUCAAGGUAUUUACUUACUGUUUCAGGCAGCACGCGUCUUCCAUAACAAAAGAAACAACAAAAGAAACUGUUAUGUCUUUCCUGUCAUGUUAUAGACAGCUAAAGGACACUCCAUUUAAGUUUCCUUCUGAUCUUUGGAAAUGUAUCCGUGAGGAGAAGUGGUUGAGGACACGGCUUGGUGUUUAUAGAUCUCCAAGUAGUUGCAUUCUGUUUGGGCCAGAUUGGCAAUCUAUUUCUCCAAUUACUGUUCUCCCUUUCAUAGAUGAUAGUGACAACUAUUAUGGCAAGGACAUUCAUGAAUACAUGGAAGAGCUGAAGGUGAUGGGGGUUGUUGUUGAUAUCAAAGAUGGUGUGAAGAUGGUAGCUGCUGGUCUUUAUUUUCCUCAAGAUCACUCCUGCAUAACUCCUGAUAAUGUUCUUAAGCUGCUGGAAUGCAUCCGCAUUUUACUACAAGAUUGGGAUUAUUCAUUUCCGGACAAAUUCUGGGAAGAAAUUUCUCAAAAAUGGUUGAAGACCCAUGUUGGAUAUAGGCCUCCAAACGAGUGCUUACUGUUCAAUUCCCAUUGGGGCUCUUAUUUGAAGCAUACUGAUGGACCUUUUCUUGAUGAAGGCUUUUAUGGUUCUAGUAUUACAUCCUACAAAGAAGAGCUCAGAGCAAUUGACGUUACUGUUGAUGUGGAAAAAGGAUGCCCAUUGAUUUCCAGCCACCUUGAUUUCCAUCUCGAUCAAUUUUCUACAAUAGUCAGAAUAUACAACUACUUGAGUGAGUUUAAUUGGAAGCCAGACAGUGAAGCUACCAAAAGGAUUUGGAUCCCAAAUGAAAGUCAGAUUGGUAAGUGGGUCGGCCCCAGGGAAUGUGCUUUGCAUGAUGAGGAUGGUCUCUUCAGUUUGCAGUUGCAAGUUUUGGAGAAACACUAUGAUCCAAAGUUAUUGAACUUUUUCUCCAAUGCUUUCCAUGUUAGGCACAAUCCUUCAGUUGAUGAUUACUGCAAGCUUUGGAAGGUUUGGGAAAGUUCAGGACAACCAUUGUUGAAUGCUGAUUGUUGUAAGUUCUGGGUGUAUGUUUCGAAGCACUGGAGUGAAAAAACUGAGAAAACUUUGGCUGAUUGCUUGGUGAAAUUACCCGUUGGUUCAGGCUCAGAUGGAAUUUUGCUGUCCUACAAGCAUGAUGUUUUCAUUGCUGACGAUCUCCAACUGAAGGAUCUUUUUGAUCAGUUUUGUCCUCAACCUAUAUUUGUAUGGUACCCUCAGGAAAGCUUGCCUUCUUUACCUCGGAGAAAGUUGCUUGAAAUUUACAGAAAAAUUGGGGUUCGCACAAUAUCUGAAUCUGUGCACAAGGAAGAAUCAGUGGAUGUUGCUCAUCUUAAGCAAGUGAACCCAAAGGAGACUGUGCUUAAGAAAGGGAUGGUUAGACUCAUCCUUGGUUUUCUUGCUGACCCUACAAGGAAAAUCGAAAUGGAAACGAGGCAUGACGCUAUCAAAAGGCUUCUGAAUAUUACUUUCCUUGAGACAUUUGAACCCAUUACUGUCAACUAUAGUUUAUCACUUUCUACUGGGGAAAUUGUGAAAGCAAAAGCAACCCGGUUGAUGCUUUGGGAUAGAGAGUCUUCAAAGUUCGUAGCACAAAAGGUGGACAGGUCUUGUGGAUACAAAAAUGUCAUCGAAUAUGCUACAUAUUUUUCUGAAGCAAUAUCUGAGGGUUUGUUGUGGGAUAACAACGAUCAUAUUGGUGCACUCUCUGAGCUUGUCAAGUUGGGCUUCUUGGUGGAAUUUAAUGAAGAAGCAGUUGGUUUUUUAAUGAACUCCAAGAGUUUGCAGAUUUUCAUAGAGGACUUCAACGCCCUCUGCCUCCCUAGUGACAAUGUGGCGGAGCUCGAGUGGCUUUCACAGUUUGUAGACGACUCACCCAAAUCUUUGGUGACUGGAGGAUCCAGUGUGUCUUAGAGCAACAACGCCGGCCACGAGAUGAAAAUGUGCAUUAGGUGUUAGCACUAUGAUUAUGUUAUGAAGUUAAUCAAAUUCUCACCCCUGUAAUCUUUUCCCGUAUUUGAUUAAAAAAAAAGAAGAAGAAGUUAAUCCUAUUCUCUAAUUUUAA